UGGAAGUGUAGCCUCCUCGGUGCACAGAACUCGUUGGAUUCAGUGCACAAGUGGCAGCAGUUUGAUAAACAUCGACGACAAACGAAUUUACCGACAACAACAAUUAGGAGAAAAUUCAACUCACAUUGAUGGCCUUUUCCGGCAUCUACUUAACGGAAAUCCAGAAGGUACUGCGCAACACAACUGCAUCUGACGACAAUGAAAGCCAUUUUCACAACAGUUCUGGCAUUUUCACGCAGGAGGGGGACGCAGCCAACAACACCAGCACCAAUGGGGGCGAUAGCAGUGCCGAGAAUAGCGACCAGGUGGAUCACAACAGCAACGAGUACACCCAAGCCCAAUAUCCCGGUAUAUUGGACAGCGACCUGACUUCAUUGACGAGUGGCCAGAAGAAGUUCUUCAUUGCCACCGUGUGCAUCCUGUGCACCAUAUCCAUCGUUGGCAAUGUCAGCACCCUGGUGGUUAACUUUCGGCGGAAAAUUAGGCCAUUCUUUCGUGCCUGUCUGAUAUCGUUGGCGCUGAGUGACUUGAUGAACACGGUCUUCCUAAGCACAGCCUAUUUGUCACAGUUCAUGGUGGAGUACGUUCAGAUUUGGAGUUUGGGCUCACUGAUGUGCAGCUUCGUGCCCUUUGCCACAACGGUGGCGAUUCUAGCCAGCAGCAUGACUCUGGUGGGCAUAGCUGUGGACCGCUACUAUGCGGUUAUGCGAGCGGUAAUUGGCUUCUGGCAGCCCAGUGCCAUAUCGUGUAUUGUCGGCAUGGUCUGCAUUUGGCUGGCGUCGAUUGGCAUCGCCUGUCCGGUGUUCAACAUCUACGACAUAAUGCCGGUGUACAUUUUAACGGAGGAGCACCCGGCUGGUGAUGCGAAUCGUCAUUUGGCGAGUCCAGGUGUCACAAACAAUGCUGUAACAACAACUAAAACACCCUGGGAAGAGGAGGCCUCGCAGGAGAAUCUCUCGUAUACACUGGUGCGGGAACAGAGACUUGUCGACAUGUGUGUCUCGGACCAGGAUAACGUUACGCUGUACUAUGCAAUUGUCUUUGUCAUCAUCUUCAUACCCUGCAUCGGAGCAUUCUUUUGGUUUAAUACGAUUAUUGCUCGCAAGUUAUGGAAACGUCGUCACAGUGUCACCAUCACCAAGAAUAUGUCGAAGCGUUCCAAAUUGAAAAUCAAAAGGGCGAAACAGCUACAACAGCAACAACGCAUGAAAUUACAGAUUUCACAACAGGCGGCAGCAUCUGCCAAUUCCGGCAACAGUUCCCAGCCGCAGUACCAAAGCUGUAGUUGUAGACUUGGCCACAGUUCCAGCACCAUGCCAAGUAGCUUAACGGCUGCCAUGGGAGGCACAAAGACUCCAGGUAAAGCUCCUGAAGCUGCUCAACCCCCAACCAACAUCAGUGGCACACGCAACUCCCGAGAAGCCCGACAUUUGAGGAUGUUCACCAUUAUCCUGUUGAUGAUGGCGGUGUUUGUUUUCCUACGUCUGCCCGCCUGGAUCUUCCUCCUGAUGCGCAUGUAUGGCUCCUAUGGCAAGCCCAGGGAUUGGAUAAUCUAUUUUGUAUUUGGUGUUCUGAACUUGGCCAGUUCGGUGCUGAAUCCUUUGUUCUAUACCUUCCUCACGGAGACCAUACAAUAUGUCUUGCGUUUGAAGGCAAAGACCUCAGCUUUGCUGUGCACAGAUUGUUCGUGGCUGGGCGGUUUUUGGUGUUGUCACAGCAAUGGAAGGGCAACCAGUGAUGCUGAAUGUGCAACGGUAUCCGAUGCCGAAGAACCACACUUUGCCCUGAGUUGUUGCGAGAACUUUUGCGGUUGUUCGGGUUUCCUACGCGCCACCUGGCAAUGCCAACAGCCGCAGCAGUUAAAGAGGACGCAUCAGCCGCAACAAAAAUCCCCCUCCUUACAAAUGGCGAAUGAAACGAGUGGCAACAAGCAGGACAAUACCCAGAAUGAUCCGGAGGUCAUUUUCAGCAACGACAAGGAUGAGGGUGUUGAUUGCAGCGAAGAGUUGGAUGAGGAUGACAAUUGUGAUUUCAAUGGUUACAAUCAUCGGAUCUAUACAAUAUAUCCGGCAUCAUUGGUCUCCACCUCAUCGCAGUAGGAGAAGGGAAGGGAUGCAGGACCACAUCUGAAAUUAUGAAAUGGAAAUAUUCUAAUGGCAGUUCUUUGC